CUUCGCCAUGGGUGGUACUGAAUUCGGCGGUAUCGCCGCCGCUGAAGCUCGUAACCCAUUAAAGUCAGUUCCCAAAGCUGUCAAUUCAAUUUGGCUUCGUUUGACGCUCUUCUAUGUUGUCGGUGGCCUAAUGGUAACCAUUACCGUCUCACCCAGAGACCCUGAUCUUUUUGGUGGCGAGGGGAUCAAUGCUAGCCCCUAUGUGAUCGCCUUUCGCAAUGCUGGCAUCCCCGGUCUAGCACAUGCGAUGAACGCAGUUAUUUUUAUCAGUGUUAUUUCCUCCGGAAAUGCACAAGCAUAUGCUGCUACUCGUACGGUCGUGGGUCUAGCAAAUAUCGACAUGGCACCGCCCGUUUUCAAAAAGUGUGACCGGCUAGGACGCCCAUGGGCGGCCAUCUUUAUCACAUUCCUCGUGGGAGGCGGCCUAUGCUAUCUCAACGUCACCAAUUCAGGUGCAACGGUAUUUGGAUGGUUUUCGAACCUGACAGCCUUGUGUAUACUAUGGCUCUGGGGCACGAUCUUCCUAUCUCAUUUGCGGUUCCGUAUGGCAUGGAAGGCUCAGGGCCGUUCGCUUGACGACCUCCCAUGGAGAUCAUGGGCAGGGCUAUUUGGAACUGUUUAUGGGUUGACCUGGUGUAUGUUGUUGGUUGUUGUCCAGUUUUACUUGGCCGUGUGGCCUCUGAAUAAACAGAGCAGUGCUGAAAACUUCUUUGCGAACUAUAUAUCGAUUGUUGCAAUUGUUGGUCUGUAUGUCGGUAGCAAGAUUUAUUAUCGAGGUCCGCUGUGGAUACAUGCGAAGGAUAUUGACCUGAACACAGGCCGAAGGCACUACGUGAGCGAAGAUUUGGAGGCUCGGGUCAAAUCGAGUUCGGGGAUAAAGAAGAUUGCCGGAUUUAUCAUGGGAGAGUCGAAGGUUUAGAAACGGGUGUUGUGGUCUAAUGCGACGGGGUUGUAUAGGUUAUCCUGGGUAUAUCCAAUCUACGUAGCUGAUUAUCUAUGCAUGCCUAUA